UCUUAAAACCUCCGGUCUUUUCAUACGCAUAUAUUAUACGUACACUAAAAAAACCCUAAUCACCCACAAUUUUGUGAAGAUUCGUAUGAUGGUGAAUAUGAUGGAUAAUCUAGCCCUUAAUGUGUCUUCUCAAAAUAAACUAGUUUCAGGGUUUACAGCAAACCCUCGUACUGAUGCUACUACAAUCUCCAACAAACCCUUGUUUUGCCCCUUUAAAAUCCCCAAAAGAAGCGGUGCAAUCUACAAGUCCAAAUCUUCAAUUUCAACCCCACGAGCAAUCAACAAAUUAAAUGAUGCAAAGGAUUGUUUUGCAAGAAUCUCAUCUUCCAGCGGUCAACAUUCAUCUUCACAAGCGGGUUCUAUUAUGUUCUGGGUCGGAGUUGGUGUUGCACUUUCUCCAGUUUUUUCAUCGGCCGCAUCAUACUUAAAGAAAUACGCAAUGACCAUGAUAGAGAAAACGGACACACAAAAUAACAAAUCUGCCACUGCCACUGCCACUGCCACAUCACCACGUGCUAAGCAAUGUAAAUUGACUAUAGUUGUACCAGCUGGUUUCGAAAUUGAGGUAACACAAGCUAACAAAUCUGAAACCUCUCAAGGCUCAUCUGCCACAUCAGCAGUGACCGUAGAUGUGCCUCCAACUAAAACAAAGCCCAUAGAGUCUAACGAUGACAAUGAAUCAAUCAAAGAGCCAAAGAAAUCUGGUGCAAAAAGUAAUGGUGUGACGGUUGAAGCACUGGAGAAGGCGAUAGAUGAUCCAACUGUACUAAAGAUGGUCUAUCCGAAUGACAUGGGGGGAAACCCUGAAUGGAACAACCGCGUGAUGGACUCGUUUAAGGAUAUUGAUCUUGAUCUUAACAGUCCAGAGGUCAAGGAGCAAUUCGAUCAAAUCGGGCUGAACCCAGAAGAAGUUGUAUCUAAAAUCAUGGCGAAUCCGGAAGUUGCUAUGGCAUUUCAAAACCCUAGAGUUCAAGCAGCCAUCAUGGAUUGUUCUCAGAACCCUAUGGGCAUCAUCAAGUACCAAAAUGACAAGGAGGUUAUGGAUUUGUUCGACAAGAUAUCAGAACUCUUUCCGGGGGUGACACGUGCAGAGUGAUCGAUCGAUGUUUACUAACAUGUUUAUUAAGAGGUAAUUAAGUAGUGUUUUUGUUGGAUUCUGGUUUUGAAACAUAACCUUAAUGGUUUCCUGUCAUGAUACUUCCUAUUCCAAGAUGUGUCUUCUUUUGAUUAGUAGUCAUACAUUUUUAUCAAACAAAAUGCUUAAUGAAACAGUAUAUUUUGUGGAUGAAAAUAUUACAUAUUUGUUUGGUCAAUUAUUAUUUUAUUUACGGGAAAUUAAUGUGUGUAUGUAUAAUAUAGAAUCCGUAUUGAAAAUUAUUGAAAUAGUUAUUUUUUAGGUAUUUCACUAAUGUCAUAUACCGGACAUAUAUUAUAUGAAUUAGUUCUAGUAAAUUUGGAAACAUAAGCGUGUCGCCACGAUAAAUUCGGAGUUUAAGAAAAUAUUAUAUUUGAAAGGAAACAAAUAAAUUGUUGGAAAACCGUACAAAGGAAUACCUACACCGAUUUUAAUAAUACCGAUACCAAUGUUUGUUCUGCAUUUGUUCAACUCGUUCUGUUACCAGUAUGACGGUAAUCGGUAUACUUUAUGAAAAAAAAGAUACCUUACUCAGAACACAACUAGAUUUGUAAUGAUACGCAUUUGCAACCAUUUCGUUUACAUGAAUUUACGCAAAAACUAAAUUCUUCCUUUACGUCGAGCGAAAUAUUAAAAAUGAAAGCCAGUAAUGUUUCAGACAUUAACAAUAAGGGUAUCAAUGUUGUUCGGUAAGUUAUACGUUUGUUCGCCACUAAACACUCAAUAUAGCUUAUGAUACAAAAUAAAGUACCCUAUUUCGUAUACAACUCCAGUUAAAAAAAAAAAAAAAAAAAAAAAAAAA